AUGGACGAUCGCACGCCCAUGGCAGGCAAAGCGAACUCGCGACUGGAGAGCUCGCGACCGAGCAGCGCCCAUGGCUCGGAGACGCCCACACCAGCAGGAACAGAGCCGGCGCGCUGGCGGGCCCAAGGUGUCGCGCCGCCAACCACCUACGGCUCCAUCACCUCUGGCAUCGACCGUCGACAGCAGAAUCCCCCCGCAUCAUCUGACCAGGGCUCAAGUUCUACCAAACCCAAGAAACCGCCCAUGAACCGCCGUGCCACUUCCUCCAAAUUCCCCCACAAGGGCCAAGAGUUCAGUGUGGACGAUGCCGAAGACGAGGUCCAGCGCGAACUAGCCGAACUCGAACAGCACCUAAAGCAGCAGCGCAUCGCACACCCUCUGCGCCGCAAGCCAUCGACCGUUCGCCGCAAGACAGGUGCACCGGCUACGCUGAUCACCAUCGAGUCGUCCGAGUCUGAUGAAACACAACAGGACCGAACGGGAGCCCCAUCAGGGGCGGGAGCCGAUGUAGAAGCAAUACCCACAUCGUCUGGAGAAGAUACGGUGCGUGCAGACGACGACGACGACGAUAGCGGCGUCGGGGAGAAUGACGACGAUGACGACGCCGAAAUCAGUGACACAGAGAGUUUUACACUGCGCGAUCGCCAGGAUGCCAUCAACGUGACACAUCCUUUCGGUAUCAGGAUCUGGAAACCUGCGUUAUACAAAAAAGGCCGAUCAGUGCAGCGCAACGCUGAAGCAGACAUCCACUCGUCUCCUGGUCUCUUUGUCAGCAAAUGGCUGUUUGUCUUCAACGUCGUCUGGACACUGGUUUUUGGCUGGUGGUUAGCUCUUAUUGCGGUUGCCGGUGGCCUGCUCUGCGCUCUUCUUCGCUUUUCCAGCAGCUGUCGCGAAUAUGCGCGUCUGCUCUUCCAUCUUGCUGCUUAUCUUUUCUAUCCGUUUGGAAAGUAUGUCAAGCUCCUGCAAGACGAUGCCUACGUGGAGGAAGACGAAGGUGAGGGUCGCAGCAUCAGCGAGUAUGAGCAAUGGCAAAGCGGCGACAUUGAGGAAGGGCGACUCUUCUUUGGCCCGACCACAGGCCAAAACUCCCUGGUCGGCCGACGACGUAACAGUGUGGAUUCUAGCGGCGGUGAGACGACGAGUCUCCUGGGCAGAGACGGGCGGGCCAACAUCAACCACACAGACACCGCUAGGACGAAGAGGAGGCUAUUUGGUCGUGGAAAAUGGAAUCUUGGCCGAGUUGUAUUCUUCCUAUUCUUUUAUGGCAUUCUCACCCCGGCCCUGUUCCUCGUCUCCGCACUCUGUUGGUUCCUCGUUUUCACGAUACCCAUGGGCAAAGUAACUCUGCUGCUUUUCGACCAUCUGCGGCGUCAUCCUCUGGCCUUAUCAUUCCAUUCUGACAAUGGCAAUGUACGCCGCCCGGGCGAGUCUUCCUCUAUAUUACUCUGCACUUAUCGUGCAGUUGGUCUCAAGUAUUGGAAGUACACAAUCGACGGGACGAACAUCUUCCUCAUCAACCUUCUAGGCCUUGUGGCAUUCACAAUCUUCGACUACUUUGUGCUGGCUGAGGGCAUGGAACUGAAGAUUUGGCUUACAGACCAGUUCUUCCUCUUCGUACUUGCAUUACUGUCCAUUAUACCUUUGGCAUACUUCAUUGGUCAAGCCGUUGCGUCUAUUUCUGCCCAAUCGUCCAUGGGCGUUGGUGCAACCAUCAAUGCCUUCUUCUCAACAGUCGUCGAGGUCUUCUUGUAUUGUGUGGCACUUAAACAGGGCAAAGCGCAGCUCGUUGAGGGCAGCAUUAUUGGCAGCAUCUUUGCUGGUAUCCUCUUCUUACCAGGUUUGUCCAUGUGCUUUGGUGCUUUGAAGCGAAAGACGCAGCGGUUCAACGUAAGAUCGGCCGGUGUGACAUCGACCAUGCUUCUGUUUGCUGUCAUUGGUGCGUUCGGACCGACGCUGUUCUACCAGAUCUACGGAAGCCAUGAACUCAAUUGCCAUCAAUGUGUCCACAGACAUAGCGACUUGCCUUCCGACCGAGACUGUCGAAGAUGCUACUACUCACAGGUUCCUGCGUUGAACGAUCGUUUUUAUAACGAGGCUGUAAAGCCAUACACAUGGUUUGCGGCAACGCUGCUUUUUGUGUCCUACAUCAUCGGUCUACUUUUCACACUUCGAACACAUGCUGCAACCAUAUGGACUAGCGAGCCAGAUGAGAAGGAAAAGAAACUGUUGGACAUGAGCGCAAGCAGUCUUAGCCAUAGUGGACAUGUUGAAUUUCCACACUCUUCGUUCACUAGGCAAGGAACCAAUUCAUCCGUCAAUCGCAGCCAUAUACGGGACAGCCAACUGUAUAAACGCAUUGUCGGUCAAACGUUGCAAGAAGUUGGCCUCGGGACACACGGAACGACCUCAGGGGAUACACGGCCCAAUUCAAAAUCAGAUGGCCAGACUCCACAUCUUGUACCGCCAAAAGACAGCGACGCCCAAUCCAAUCACUCUUUCCAUGUCGAAGGGCUCACGGACGAUGCAGCACAGUCUCUAGCACGCCAUAUCACGGAGAUUGCAGCUACUACCACUGCUCUGGCCACUCGCGAUGUCACUCGGGCACCACGUAAAGCUGCUCAGUUAGCCAACACCUCAAGUAGAGCACACCACGAACGUCCAGCCAACCCUCGAACGACAACAACCGAGGUACCAGAAGAACACGAUGCAGGUGGCGGUCAUGCCGCAGGUGGCCACGAUGCGCCGAAUUGGAGCCGGGGCAAGAGUGCUGCGAUUCUUCUUACUGCUACUCUCGCUUAUGCCAUUAUUGCCGAAAUCCUGGUCAAUACAGUGGAUGCAGUCCUGGUGGGUUCAGACAUUGAUGAGAAGUUCCUUGGAAUCACGCUAUUUGCUCUGGUCCCGAACACUACGGAGUUUCUCAACGCCAUCUCAUUUGCCAUGAACGGGAACAUUGCACUGUCCAUGGAAAUCGGGUCUGCAUAUGCGUUACAGGUGUGUUUGCUGCAGAUCCCAGCGUUGGUCUUCUACAGCGCAAUCCAUGCCUCUUCUAUUCCGGCGAAGGAAGUGGCACAUCAGACCUUUACGUUGAUCUUCCCUCAGUGGGAUAUGGUCACCGUCAUCCUUUGCGUCUUUCUUCUGUCGUACAUGUAUGGAGAGGGAAAGAGUAACUACUUCAAGGGCUCGAUCUUAAUACUUUCUUACUUGGUCGUGAUUGCUGGAUUCUACCUAUCUGGCUUCAACGACUAUGAGCGCAUGGGCGUUGAUCCCAACGAUACAUUAGCGUUGGGCGGGCUGAUUAAGCAGGAGGUGCAGUCGAUGACUUUCAAGACAGCUGGUAGGGGGCGCAGCGGUGUGGCCUAUUGA